AAGGGAGGGGCGGUAAAGCGGAAGUCCAAAAUAGACUAAGAGCCACCGUGGCAAACGUAGGAGAAAACCUUCUUGAAAGUCAAAUUUUGAGGGGAAAACAAAUUGAUAUUGUAAACGUUAAGAAAUUAUGGUACAGUACAGUGAACCCUAACCUAUUCUUGCGUUUUAUUGUGCUCUUUCUCUAACGUCUAUAGAUGCUAAAAGAUGGCGUCAAAGCACCCAUUCAUCUAUGAGAUCUGAUUUGGAACUAGGAAGGACACCAAUUCCCUGAAGCUCAUGACUCAUCUUAACUCGCCUAUAAGUUCGUGAACAAUGUCCCUAUCAGGCACGCCACUGUGCUGUCUGUGUGCUCACGGUGAUAAUCCGCUGGAGCCUCUGCACUUCACUAAGGUGGAAAAAAAUCCACUGCAUACGAAAGGAAAACCUUCGCAUGAUGACUACUACACUGGAGCAGAAAUCCAAAUCCAAUGUUUUUUUUUUUUUUUUUGCCUCAGCACAAAAAGGGUCAGCGUUCCCCCGAAAACACUGGGACGGAACACCCCCGUAACCGCCAAUCGGCGUCCUCGCUCAUCACCGGCUGAACGCUCAGAACAUUUCAACAGUUUUGGUCCCUCCUCAAAGGUUCUUCCAUGCCGUCGCUGUCUGACUGGAGCUAAGCGGUUGUCUCGUGGUGAUCCUCCACAGUGGUCUCCCCUUGGGCUCUGAUGAUGAAGCUCUGACCACUUGCGUGGGGUGUUCUGCAUCCUCCUCUUCCCUUUUAAUGUGGUGUGGCUUUGUAGCUUCCUCUUCUUCUUCAUUGCUAGGAGGCCUGUGGACCAUUCAGGUCCAACCCGGACUUCUCCAAACGGGGUUGUUUUCCCUGACGACCUAUCAGGUGGACGUCUGCAGGACACGAGCAGCACAAACAGUAUCAAUCACAUGGGUCAAAUAUGAUAUGUGGAGCUGAGAGGUCGUCUGGUAGUGGUCCCGCUCAGUGGUCUUGACUUGGCGUAUGACGAUGAAGCUGUGGCUUGUCUUCACUCUUCAGAGAGAUCAUUAACACCGAUGGACGUGCAGAAAUGGAGAAAACACUUCUAGAAGUGGCCAACCAACAAAAAUGUCCCCCGGUGCACAGUGCCGAUUCAUCCAGGAGGUCAUGAACUACAUUGAUAAAAUUGCUGUGAUUGGCUGUGAACGACUUCAGGGUGCACCCCGCCUCCUGCCCAAUGACAGCUGGGAUUGGCUUCAGCGUUCCCGUGACCCAUGUGAGGAUAAGUGGCUCAGAAAAUGGAUGAAAUUGGGAACAAGAGAACGAGGACCUCAUACUUGGAGAAAUUCACAAACCUUACAACAUCCACAGUCAUCCGUCACCAUGAAAAUACAGCCCCAUGCAGGAUUCGAAAAAACAACAACAGAAAAAUGGGAAAAAAUCAAACGUCCCCCUCCCACUCAUCCCCUGAGGUGAAGCUUCAUGUAUCUUUCACAGCCGCCAGACGCCGGCUGCCGUAUUGAUCUCCGGGCUAUCGCUCACCGGGGCUCAUCCAUAAGACAACGUUGCCUCCUCCUUACGGCACUCGGAUGCGCCGUGCCAACCUGCUUUCGCCGGAGGGUCCUGCAGCCCGGCGGGCGACGCACAUGGCCGCACGUCGUCACCCAAACGAGUGCGGGCUGCACUCGUCUCACUCAUCUGAAAUUGGAGAUGCGAUGGCCACCAACUCAACUCUCCUCACUUCACAAUAAGAGUCAGGAUAUCUUCUCAUACGCCAACCUUUUCGGAUCAAGCGAAUAUGACGGGGAAAGGAACGUCAGCUGCAAGCCAAAGAGGUUUAAACACUGUCUUGCAGGGUUCUGACAUCCCUUUGGUGUCCAUGGAGAUGGGCCUCCUGCGCACAAGCAAGGCUCCCCUCCGGACGUCGGCGACCGCCGUCUGCUUCCGGAUAGAUUACAAAUGAGGGUGAGGAAGGACAGCGAAGGCCUCUUCUCUCCCAUCAGUCAGUGCGUCAAGUGUGGAGGCGGUGGCGCAUCGGGGCGUGGAAUGGCAUCUUCCAAAGUUUCCAGCUGUCACGGCGAAUGCGGCGCGCGGCGACUCGUCUUUCCGAGGUCAGCUUCUUUCGCCAGUAUCAGCCGAGCCCUCAUGACACCUGUCCCUUCGGCCGCGACUCGGCGAGGUAAACGUGGCCGACCGGGGCGCGUCAGACGAAAGGAAAACGGAAAAGAUGGCGAGGGAGGAGGGGCGAGAACAAGAAGGGGAAGAAGAGCGAAAAGCUGCGCAGUCAAGCAAAAAGCACCUGAACGGAAUGAAAUUUGACAGGCUGUGUGAUAUCGUCAAAUCUGCCUUUGCAGCAGCUCGCCCGGUUUAAGGAGGUGUGAAGAGCACAACAUGUCCCCGGAGGAGCACUCGGCGAGAAUGAAGGCAAGAUUCAACAUGUUUCCAGUCAGAGUUGUUCGGGAAAAAAAAAAGAAAGGGGAAAAAAAGUGAGCGGGAGAUGAAGUCUUCAAGCGAACAUCAAACGUUCAGAGACGUCCCCGCGGACCGUUGCUCGAGCCUCGAUGAAAAAUCAACCUUCCUCCAUAUGAAUUAUUGAUAACUCAGCUGGGCUGUUGCAUGCUGAGCCGGAGCUGGGCUCAUCGGAGACGCAAAAGGUGGACCGGAUCCGCAAUGGAAGCGUCUCAAGCGGAGCGUAGAUGUGCAGAGCUUCGGUUCCGGCCCAACACACGGAGCGAUGCAGGGGGACACCGCGACGGCGCGCCGGACCCGGCCGCACAAGUGACGUCUUACUACCGCAUCCGCGCCGCAGUCACCUCACGGCGAAGGAAUACCGCGCAGGGCUUCCCUCCUCGCCCGACAGACACCGAGCCGCGUUGCCAAGCUGGGAUAUCUGUUGACCGGUGCCGCAUUGCUCAUCAAUCCCCCCCAACCCCCCCACGCCGUUUGUAAACGUCGGCGCUCAAAUGGUGGAGAGAUGAGCGCGGGCGGUGGACAAAGGCGGCAGAAUUGAACACGGCUCGAGGGAAGAUGCCCAAAUUGAGACACUAAAGCAGCCACCAUGACAAUGAAAGGCCUGUCCAGCAGCCACAGUCACCACCACGCCGUCGUCUGUGACCCUUCCUACGACUCCAUGACGCUCGGUCAUUCAGAUCGUCAGCCCUGCUUCCUGAACCCAGGAGAGUCUCGCCCCGCCGAGCGCCCGUGCUACACCCAGCGCAGCUCCUUCCAGUCGGAAUGCAGUGCCUACCCGGAUCUGGCCAGCUGCACCUUCCCUCGCAGACAUUACAGCUCCCAUCAUGAGCUGAAGGAGGAGUGCGGGGCUCUGGUGCCUUAUACCGGGCCAGCAGGAAUCGGUAAAGGAAGCAGUGGCAAGAACAACAACAACCGGGUCCCUUGUAACUUGCUGGAACAGUUGGAUCACCAGGCUCCGGUGCGGCGAGAAGGCUACCACACGCUGCAGUACAAGCGCACGGCGGUGGAACACCAACGUAGUGACAGCCCAGGGCGAAUCCGCCACCUUGUUCACUCCGUCCAGAAGCUUUUUACAAAGUCUCACUCUCUGGAGGGGCCCUCGGGAUCCGGGACGACCGGGAACGGUGGGAAAUCCAGCCCAGAUGACCCGCCGUCUUCAUCGGGAACCCUGAAACACAACAAGCGCACCAAGAACAAAGACCGAUCCAAGUCAGAGCCCAAGAUGCAUAGCGCCAUCUCAGGAUACUGGAGCUCUGAUGACACUCUGGACCGGGAGAUGUGCCUGUACCACCACCACAGCGGAGGCCAACCGUCGGGGGUCAUGACCAUGGGGCGGCACCCGGAGAAGUCGCAGUCGCAGUACUUCAUGGAGUCCUACAACACCAUCAGCGCCCACUCCCUGAAGACGUCUCGUAGCAACAACGACGUGAAGUGCUCCUCCUGUUCCGGAGGGAGCGGCGGGCCGCUCCCGCUGAUGGGCACAUUGGACGGCCAGGUGCAGCUGAAGAAGAGCUCGUGGUCUUCGACUCUGACGGUGCCUCAGGAUGACUGGGGCGCUUUUUCCCCGUUGGCGAAGGACGACGAGAUCCCCUGCCGGCGGAUGCGCAGCGGCAGCUACAUCAAAGCCAUGGCCGAGGACGACAGCGGCGACUCGGACUGCAGCCCCAAGCCCUCGCCCAAGGUCCAGGCACGGCGGGCCAGCUACCUGAAGGCCACGCAGCCGUCGCUCACAGAGAUGACCACCCUCAAGAUUUCCACCGAGCACUCGCCCAAGCUGCAGAUCAGGAGUCACAGCUACCUGCGGGCGGUGAGCGAGGUUUCUAUCAAUAGGAGCUUGGACAGCUUGGACCCGGCGGGGCUGCUGGCCUCGCCCAAGUUCCGCUCCCGAAACGAGAGCUACAUGAGGGCCAUGAGCACCAUUAGCCAGGUGAGCGAGGUGGAGGUGAACGGGCAGAUCGAGGCGGUGUGCGAGUCGGUGUUCAGCGAGAUGGAGUCGCAGGCGGUGGACGCCCUGGACCUGCCCGUGGCCGGCUGCUUCCGCAUGCGCAGCCACAGCUACGUGCGAGCCAUCGAGAAGGGCUGCUCGCAGGACGAGGAGGAGGAAGCGGCGGGCCGAGGGGGAGGAGGAGCCGGGGGCGCCGGCAACCGGAAGGCGGGAUCGCCCCCGCGCACCACCACCACUGUCAGGACCAUCCAGAGCAGCACAGUGUCGUCAUGCAUCACCACCUACAAGAAGACCCCCCCGCCGGUCCCCCCGAGGACCACCCCGUCCAAGCCCUUCAUAUCCAUCACGGCGCAGAGCAGCACCGAGUCGGCCCAGGACGCCUACAUGGACGGCGGCUCGGGCCCGCGCAAGGGCAUCAGCUCGCAGCCGGCCCUGUCCAACUCCACCGAGAGCAUCGACAGCAUGAAGGCGCUGACGGCGGCCAUCGAGGCGGCCAACGCUCAGGUGCACGGCCCGGCCAGCCAGCACGUCACCAACAGCGACGGCGCCGGCACCGUCACCGUCACGUCCGCCGCCGUCGCCCACGUCUCUGCCGGCAGCAAGGCGCAGCGGGAAGCGCUACGCAAGUGCCUCUCCAUUGGGAUCCAGGUUGACCCGGAGGAGGAGGGGCCGACGGAGGAGCAGUCAAAGUUCCACUCCAUCGGGAUUCAGGUGGAAGAUGAGCGCUGUCACCGCCGCAUGACCCGCUCCAACAGCGUCACCGCCGCCGUCCAGGCCGACCUGGACGACCCGUCGGACGUGCCGCAGCCGCCGCGCCACUGCGCCACCAUGCCGCGCCAGCACUCCCGCGACUCGGCCGCCGCCUCCACGGUCCGCAUCCAAGGUUCGGGCAACCACUACCACGCCUGCGCCGGGGACGACUACGGCGAGGUGGGGUUCGACCCGUCCAUCCUGCCCCCUCCCGACCCCUGGAUGGACGGCGCGGCCGAGCCGGAGGACGAGGCGCCGGAAGCCGUCGGCCGCUCGGUUUGCCCGCGAGACGGACGCUGGUUCCUCAAACUGCUGCAGGCGGAGACGGCGCGCAUGCAGGGUUGGUGUCGUCAGAUGGAGCAGGACCAGGCGGACAACCAGCUGCCCGAUGACGUCCUGGGCAAGAUCCGCAGUGCAGUGGGGAGCGCCCAGCUGCUCAUGUCCCAGAAGUUCCAGCAGUUCCGGGAGCUGUGCGAGGAGAAUCUGAACCCCGACGCCCACCCGCGGCCCGUCUCCCAGGACCUGGCGGGCUUCUGGGACAUGCUCCAGCUGUCCAUCGAGAACAUCAGCCUGAAGUUUGACGAGCUGCACCAGCUAAAAGCUAACAACUGGAAGCCUCUGACGCCUCCGGAGAUCCAGGAGCGACGCGCGCCCCCUCCCGUGCCAAAGAGGUCCCCGAAAGGUCACGCCCCGCUGGCGAGGGACCGCUCUCUGGAGAGCUCCGAGCGGCAGCGUUUGGAGGCCCGCAAGCGCUUGCUCGCCGCCAAGCGCGCCGCCUCGGUGCGCCAGAGCUCCGCCACGGAGAGCGCCGACAGCAUCGAGAUUUACAUCCCCGAGGCGCAGACGCGACUAUGAAACGCGCACUAACGCGAGCGGUAGCACUGGACUGUGAGGGUGCUAACGGACUUUGCCACAUCACUGUCGCCAUGGAGAUACCUUUCAACAAGUAUAUUUCGAUUAUUUAUUAAUUGCUUUACUGACACACACACCCCCUCCCGUUUCCCUCCACACUCUUUCAGCUUUGAUGUAGCACACACACCUCCCUCAAAUCCUCUCCCACCCUUACACACACACACACACAAAUACUCACGACGUGUCUUUUAUACAUUUCAGAGUUUUUUUGGUUUUUUAAUUUAAUUUUAUUUUAUUUUUAAUGUUACCCCAUUUUACAUCCAGUGGCGCCUUGAGAUACUCUAUUAACUAGCUCCGUAGAACACGUGCAUCUCAAACCGUCUUUCCCCAUUGAAAUGAUUGAAACUGCUAAGAAUCUGUUUCAACGUUUCCUAAAUAUGAUAUAAUAUAUACACCGUAAUUUCCGGCCUAUAAACUGCUUUUUUCACACGCUUUCAACACCGCAGUUCAUGCGGUGACACGGCUAAUUUGUGCGUUUUUUUUUCUAGCGGCCGCAAGGGGGGCACUUGAGCGGAAAAGGUAAUAGUGAGACCGGUGGAAUACAUGUGCCGAGGAAGUGACUUUUAUCGGUCCGGCCCUGUUAGCGCUGCGCUAGCGUGUUACUGCAGCGUGUCAGUGGUUUUAACCAGUUUGGGUUUUUUUUUUUUGUUUUUUUUUUUUUUCAACCGGCCCUGUUAGUGUAGCGCUAGCAUUAGCGUUAGCAUUAGCACGGCAGCACUAGUGUUAAACUCUCUGUGUAGCAUCUUUCUUUGUAAAUAUCUCGUGUUUCAUUGUGGGCACUUGCGACAUUUACACGGCUGCGUCGUAUGUAUGUACCAAAUGGUAUUUCCUUUAUAAAUGUCGUCGGUGAGGCUUAUAACCAGGUGCGCUCUGUCGGCCGGGAAUUACGGUAAUAACAACAUCUGACUUUAUGAAAGCAUAAAGAAAUAUUAAAUAGAAUAUAAAUAAUUGAAUGCUUGAAAUCCUGAUUCGAACGUAGCAAAUAACCCCCCCCCCCCAAAAAAAAAGAGUAAAAAAAUCAGCCAAAACCAACCUCUUAUCUCAAAACACUCCUAAGCCAAGUCACUCGUAUCUCAAGGUACCACAGUCGCGUUUCCUGGCUAUUUAGCGGUUUUGGCAAAAGUUGCGCUCCAUUUUCUUACCCGGACAGGUAACUUGUUCACGGGAAUGAUAUUUAAGCCACAAAUCCGUCAUUUUGCGGGCACGUUAUUCACAUCUCGUGGGUCGCAGAUGACCGUUCCGUGCACGGGUCGCAUCCAUAACGUGUCCCAAAUUUUCAAAAGAAAAUCGGCCUCUCCCGACCCAAAUUUAAGCCGCUUUGACCGCAUCGAGAGCCGCGACAUUGUAGCGUAACGACGGACGUUGAGACGGGAGCGGGCGAGGAGGCACAGUUGCACAUUUGUGCGACAAAACGAGUCCGCGGCGGUGGUCCCGCCCGAGAUCCGUUACAUUUGGCCUGUGCAGGUGUGCAACCUUUUUAGAAGAACCUGAAAGAAUCCCGCUUUUGUUUUUGGUUUUUAAGAGGUCACAACGGCCAUCUUGUCUAUUACGUAUGCGCGCGCGUGUGUGUGUGUGUGUGUACAUAAUUCAUUCAUAAGUGCUUCCUAUGUCGCCAAAGGUGCAUCUAUGAAUAAGACAAAACAUUAGGUACACCUGCACAACACACCAACAAUUCUGCCUUUACAAAAAUAAUAAUGUUCACUUGUGUUGGGUCCUAAUUUUAAUUUAAUAUUUGUAGUACGAGUGCAAUGCAUCAUACAACAAGCGUUCCGAAGCUUUGAGAUUUUUUUUUUUCAUUUUAUUAUUUUUUUCAACUACGCCGCUUUUCAUCGCUGAAGAUAAAUUAAUUUAUUUAUUCAUCCCUCUCUACUUAUUUUGUAAUUUAAUUGAUGGGACGCUGAUAUAUUUGUAAAUAAUCACAUUCUUAUUUGUUUUCAAUAUUUUAUUUUGUUAGGUGGAAUAUAUUUUUUUUCCCCCGGUUAAUAUAUUUUGUAUUUUUUUAACCUAUGCAAAUUUUAAUCCCGAAUGAAAAAUUAUGAAUUCCACGCAAUGUAUUUUUCAUGUAUUUUGUAUUAGUAAGUUAUUACUAUUGUUAUGUCAUUAAUUUUGUUCUUAAUUCAUUUGUAAAGGCAGAAUAUAUGAUCAUUUUUUACAAUAAUUAUUCAUGCACAUUAAUUGAUUUUAUUUAAAUUUUCAUUCAUUUUUCCAAAUUUUAACACCUGCAGAAAAAAAUCAAAUUAUUUGGUUUCACUCAAUUUUUCAUUGUAUUUUUUUUAAUUAUAAAUAGGUUUAUUAAAAAAAUUGUCCACAUUUGACUUCAUUAUGUAAUUACAUAUUGUGAAUUUAUAACCUCAUAACUUCGAAUUAUCUUUCUUUGUGAAGACGGAAUGAAUAUACAGCAUCGUGUGGGUGUACCGAAUACUCUGGGUAGAGCAAAAGUCGACACACCCAGCCACGCACUCUCUGAUACUUUGAAAAUUUGGUAAUUUUUAAUUAAUCUGCUUAUUAUAUAUUUUUUUGUCAUUUUUAUUGACAGUAUUAAGUUCAGAUGACCAGCUAGUGACUAUUUUCCUCCUCACUGUUAACUCUGGUGAAGCUCACAGGAAAACCUUUUUUUAAUUUUUUUAAACAUAUUUUUAAAAAUAGUUCUCCCCUCCUCCUCCUCCUCACUGUUCAUAUAAUUUGAAGCGCUAUUUUUUUUUUUACUAUUUUUUUUUUAAAUCAUUUAUUUAUCGAGUAGCUGACUGUUUACCGGCGCACUGACUUCGAGGCCCUUCUACUGUGUUUUCCUUUAUUUUGUUUUCCCUUCGCGCCUUAAUUUCGACAGUCGAGCACAACGGCGGUCUCAGGGGAAGACAUUUUUGUGCGUGUGUGUGUGUUGUCUCUGUUGUCAAUCAAGUGGGCGUCGCCAUCACGUAGGGGAGCUCGGCGAUGCGACUCGCCGUCGUCGCGUUCGAACCCACCCGUUUUGUGCCAUUGAACUUUAUACUUUGCUAAUCACGAGCCCCUUUCACACCGUUAAAAUAAAAAAAA